UCUACCGAACCGAGAUCACUUGUGUGGUGUUUGUGUACGGAUUCUUUGCUUAUUUUAUCAUGGAAAAUUAGUGGUUUAGUCUGUGUCGAAGUGAAAUUCAUAUUCAUUUACUCUCUUUUUUAGUGUAAAUAAAGUUUAUGGUUUAGUUUAAACAAGUGCUCGCGCCCUACCAAUAUUUAAAAUCUAAGAAAUAGUGCUUAACCUAUACUACAUUAUAUCGAUUUGUGUUGUGAUCAAGUUCACCUUCUGCUUGUCUUCUUGGCGAAAUUUUAAGGAAUUACAACUAGCUAGAUAGUGCCCGGAGUGAGGUGCCUCAUCAGUGUGUCCCAUCAUGUAAUAUGCGCUCCGUGGCACGUGGUGGCGAGCCGUCGUAUCUGCAGGUCGGAGCGUCCGUCACCCGUUACCAGUCUUGCACCGUCGACCCCAGACCCUCCAGAGUCGUCCACUGUCCAGACCUGAACGCCUGUCUUGUCAACGAGGGGCGAGACAGCGAGCCGGUCCACUGCAAUGCCGUCCACUACGGCUACGCGAUCCCGGUGAACGUGGUGCCGUCGCAGCAACACCCGGACCUCGCCGAGCUAGUGCUGGACGCCGACAGAGGAUUGGCGCCGGAGACCGUGUCGUACCUGCUGCAGCACCACCCGCAGCUGCGGGAGUCCGCGAUGACUACGACGGCCAACAACCGCCGGGGGACCGCCCUGGCGGAGCCUGAAGAAGACAUCGCGGCGAUCGCGAAACAAAUCAGUGACCACGCUGAAGCUAUCUACCAAACGUGGAAGGCUAGAGGGUUAGCGCCCACGGAGAUUCUCAAUUGUCACACAAAUUCGACAGCGGCUGACAAGUUCGGGUCGGCGCUGACGCCCAAGAAGGAGAAAAGUCCUACUUCUCCGGUCGUAGAUUUGUUGUCCACUCCGUCGUCUUUGAAUACGAAUAAUUUAGAGCAGUUGGUGAACAAUUUCGUGGUAGAAGACAAAGCUAGGAUUGCGCGUCAAAAGACGAACACUUCGAAAGCUAUUCCGUCCUCUAUUCAGUUCGCUCUGCAGAAGUUUGAAAAGAAAGCUGCUGAACCGAGUGUAAAGGUUGGUGUGAAACAGACAAAUCAGAGGCAAAGCGAUCCUUUGAGGAAUUACAGUAACACAACUCCGAGGCCUUUUCAACCCAAGCCUUCCAACAUAUCGCCGUACAUCAUGGAUACGAUAGAGACUACCUUUCCGGACGAGACGGACAAGAGCAAGACCGAAGAAGGCGGGUCCGGCAUGACCACGUGGCCUUUGAAAAACAAAACUGUCGGUGACACCAUCAAGAAACUGGGUGGCAAUUUGGAAAAGACUGAAUCGGGAACAGAGUAUUUAGACGAAGUCGCGAAAGAGGAAGAGAGGCUGAUAAACGCGUUGAAAACUGGAAUCAUCAUCGCCGAAGAUCCUAACAGCAAGAGGGCGAAGAAAGGAUUGAAGUAUGGCAGAGCUGAAGAAAAGGCGGAAAUCAAAGAGAUCUUGAACAAAGUGAAUGUGCAGAGCAAGGUGGAGGCGUUUAGCAAAGCAGAGCAGCAAAAUGUUGUGGUUCGUAGAUCUCCCGCGGUACGAACUCCUGGAGGGUCCGUUCCUCAUCCGGAGUUGAGGACUCGGUCCGCGCCCAACACCGUGGCUAACCCGGUAAGACCGUUCCUCACCCGCGGCUCCGUGGCUGAGAGAGUACUCAUCUUCGAGAAAUGUCCAACGGAACUCAUCAUGGAGAAGAGAGGCAAGAACAACUCGGUCAACUCAUGGAGGAACACAUCUGUAGACGUCCAGGCUAAAGCACAGAACUAUUCUCGGGAUUCGUUGUCGAGUACCAAGAGCGGGCCACCUCCACACACGACACUACAGCGACAUGCCAAAGCUAACCGCAGUCUGCUCAUACCUAGGUUCCACUUCCCCCUGGGCAAGCCUGGGGAACAAGCACAGGUGGAGAUGACAACAGUGAACCUUCGUCAGCUGUUCCUGUCUUUCCCCAACCAGCAAGCCACCAAAGAACACUUCGCAGCUGUUACCAAGGCAUGUGGAUGCCCUCUAUAUUGGAAAGCACCUUUGUUUAUAGCGUGUGGAGGUGAAAAACUUGGCUAUGUCGAGCUUAACACAAUCAUCGAGUACUGGCGCAACCUGUGUAGUACGUGUCAUGACCCUGCCUCGAGGUUCCUGCGUAUCGCCUCCAGGAGCAGCACUCGUCAGUACCUGCUGCCCGAGGACCUCAUGGGUCUGGUGCAGGACGUCGUAGACACACAUCCUGGCCUCACCUUCCUCAAGGAGGCGCAGGAGUUCCACUCUCGAUACGUGCAUACGGUGAUAUCGCGCAUCUACUACUGUGUCAACCAAUCGUGGAGUGGACAGAUCACGCUGCCGGAGCUGCGCCGCUCGGACUUCCUGCGCGUCGUGGAGACACUCGAGCGCGAAGAUGAUAUCAAUCAGGUGACGCAGUACUUCAGCUACGAACAUUUCUACGUUAUCUACUGCAAGUUCUGGGAGCUCGACCGCGACCAUGAUUUGUUCAUCGACAAGAACGAUCUGGCGCGGCACAGCGACCACGAAUUCAAAGAGUUUAUACGAAGGGCGUCAGCUGUUUCGAGUAAACGUGUGUUGACAUCCUUGUCGUCAAGACUAAUAGACAGGAUAUUUUCGGGGACGGUGACGAGAGGCAAGAUGGCCUCUCAACUGAACGGGUCUCCGGACGCAAAGAUGAGUUACACGGAGUUUGUGUGGUUCUUGCUAGCCGAGGAGGACAAGCAACACCCCCGCGCCAUAGAGUAUUGGUUCAGAUGCAUGGAUCUGGAUGGGGAUGGAUAUCUGUCCAUGUAUGAGUUAGAGUAUUUCUACGAUGAACAGCUCCAAAGAAUGGAGGCCAUCGGAAUUGAGUGUUUGCCUUUUGAAGACUGCCUUUGUCAGAUGCUGGACAUGAUCAGACCCAGCAUCCCUGAUAAGAUCUCGCUGAGUGAUCUAAAGAGAUGCAAGAUGACUCCGAUAUUCUUCGACACCUUCUUCAACCUAGAGAAGUAUCUGGACCAUGAGCAGAGAGAUCCGUUCGCUUCUCAGCGAGAUCACGACACGGAGGAUAAUGAAAAUGAACAGAUGUCUGAUUGGGAUCGUUACGCUGCUGAAGAAUACGAGCUUCUAGUGGCAGAAGAAGGGGGAAACGAUAAUCAUGACGAUUUCUCCUACGAAGACAUCCUCAGUCCCAACCUGGACAACAUUUUAAGCGAGGCGGGGGUAGGCGUGGUGGAGCUGGGAGGAAGGGUGGGGGAAGGCAGUGACGACAGUUCGUCCGACUACGCAGGAGACAGCGACGACUGCUCUUUGUAGUCCCGGCGACCCUGGUGGCGACCUCGGGCGUUGUGGAAACUCUUUCUGCGACGCAAGAAGAGUCAGCAGGCCCACAGCUGAGCCACGGACAGUGUCGCCAACCGUGAAACUUAUAGUAAAGCAAACAGUAUCACAAACAAGGAAACUUACUGUGCGAGUGAUUGUAGUUCCCAGUGUGUAGUGGAAAGUCACAGCACAGGUACUUCUAGAGUGAUUUCAAGGAACCAAAUUACCUGAAAUAUGCACACGCGAGAAAAUUUAUCUUUGAUUGUUUGUUGGUUGUUUCUGAAACAAACCAACUGGAUUCAGCUGUGAUCAUCAGGGUGAUGAUGGUCAUGGCUAAUGGAACUGCUUAUCUUAGUAAAAAAGCCACACAGGGUAUCUCACACCGUUUACACACAUCCUUAAUUCAUUUUUGGGUUGAAAUAUAAUAUACUCUAGUAGCGUCUCAAUCUUAAUUCAUAAUGACAAUGAAAUCUAGUAGCCGUUGAAUUGCUACAAAAACUGUAAAUGUGAACUAAUCCAACUAGCAAUUGCAAUUGUUGUCCUAGUGGCACUUGUUGAAAAUGGUUGAUUUCAUCAGACUUUCAUUUUACAUGUUAGUUGCCUUGUUGAGUAAAUCAUUUUAACAUAAUUUUUUUAAAUGAGGUUUAUCCGUUUUUCAUCGCAACAGGUCCAGUUGGUUUGAUUAUUUCAGAAAUAGAUUAAGAAUUUGAGUGGUUGUUACUCAAGGACAUGAAAUAAAAAAUGCCACCGUUUAUUUUUUCUUGAUAAAAAUUUGUGCAAUCUAACGUGAUCACUUGACCCCACGGGUGUUUAACGAACAUGAGUGUUAUAGUAGUUUCGCUUACGUUUUGCAUGGAAAUGUAAAAACUGGAUGAAUCCAGUAACUGAUACCACAAAAUUAAUUGUUCUUGAAGUUACUAUCGAUGUUUUGCAAUGCCAGAAGAAUCUACUCAUCAUCUACUACAAUGAAAACUAGAAUGUUUUCCAGCAUUUAUCAGUGAUGGUAUGAUUGGUAUUUGUAACGACUAUAUUUUACUACAAGACACAGCGAUGUGCCUGAAGACAAUUGUGUUUAAGUGCUGCUUGAAGACUAAAGUGCCGCUGACUUUGGCACUUUGACCCACUGAUUGUAUAGCACGUGUUAACAUAUGAGGACUAAAGAAUCAAAGUUUUGUGAAAUCGAUGUGAACACAAACUCUUUGUAAUAUCUAACCCAAAGAUGUAAAUUAGAAACUAAGGUCGGUUGUACUACAUAACUAUUGACAGUAUUUUUAGGUAUAUGUGUAAUAAUUUAUUUGUUAAUACAUUUGGUUUCGAAGCUUUAAGUCUUUUUUUAUCAUGCAUAUUUUUAUGCAGACCUUAUCGAAUUUAAGAAUUUGAUUUUUUUGUACGUUUUGUAUAGCGUAAUGAUUCUCCAGGAUACGAGUCCUUGGAUAUUUUUGAGUGACUGUUGUAUUUUUGAGUUUAUUUUCGGAGUAAUAUAUUUUACUAGAGCAUGGUUUAUUGUUUUGUGAAAGAGAUAUUGUUUAUUGUUUGCGGUUUUUUAGCUGUUUACCUGUAAAUCUGUUAGGAUAUUUUGUGGAUUUAUAAUGUAUAAUUUAUUCCUAAACUAAUCAUAUCAUGUUGUCAAGUGGCAUUUUCCUGAUAUUGUAAUCACUUUUCAUGUAUGUGCACCGGUUUAUAAACAUCACAGAAAUAAAAGCUUUUUAAUUUAGUUUUCACAGUUAUCUACGACUGUUCACAAUGUUACCGUUGCACUUGUUUUGCUACAAAAGGUUACGUAUAUUAAACAUAUUUUCUCGUUAGAACAUCACUUUUGUUAUUUACAUUGUGAUAUCAUUUUAAAAUGUAAUCAACGUUUAUGAAAGUGUGUAUUAGUGAUUCGUUAUAACUGUUAAAACAGUCUUCCUGAACUAAUUCACAUUUGAUUUUGUAUAACUUCCAUAUUUUGUUUUUGAGUACAUUUACAGUAAAAUGUAUGAAUGUUAAAAAUAAAUUAAGAAUCACAAUUGGAAAGCAUAUACGUUGUAGAAUGAUCUAAUGAUAAAAGUUCCACUUCACUUUCCAUCCCGGUGUAAAUGCUUAGCGUUGUGUACUGAAGUUUGCUAAUUUGCUAUCCACGCCCAAAUGUAAUGGAAUACACAAUACAGGCAGACUUAGUUGAUCCGAAUGUUUGCUCAAGGAAUUUAGAUUAUCAUAAACUUCAAAUCGUCGAGGAAUUACAAAAUUGCAUCGUCUAGAGAUGUAGAUUUCCAAGGACGAGUCGUAGGAGAAAAGUAAAGAAUAUAAAAACUUAGCUUUUCUAGCAGUUGAAGAUGGUUUUCAAUCAGCAUGUUCGGAAUUAACUAGGUUCGCCUGCAAAAACAACUUCCUUCCCUGAAACACCAACUUGAUAGGUUAGAAAAAAAUAGUUUUUAGGAAAUUUGGGUUAUGAAGACAUUUUGUUACCUUAAAUAAAGUUCACCGAUUUAGUGAUAUAUUUAAAAUGGAAUACAGAUUUACAUAUAAUCUGAAGUAAAGUCUUUUACAAAUAUGAAUAAUAAUUCCCUGCACGAUAAAUUGACAAACUUUUCAAAUGUAAGCAAAGUUUGGAACUUAUCUCGGCCAUUAUUUUAUAUUUUCUACCAAAUAACUGAUUAUAUUAGUUACGACUUAGAUGACUUAAAUUGUUUGAUAAUGGUGUGCAGUAAAAAAAUUAAACUGAACUUGCUUUAGCCAAAAGAGAAUAUUGGCAAAACACUUCCUUAGUCAUUAAAUGGAGUUUAAUAUUUUUUAAUUUACUAUAGCUGUUAUGUAUGUUUUUUUACUUGUUUUAACUGUAAUUGUUGUACUAGGUACAAUAAAAAUGUUCCCAAGAACUUAAAAGAAGUUUAAUUGUUUAUUUUAGAGGGUAAAACCUUUAAGUCACCACCCAAACUUUGUUUUGACAAAAUAUUUGUAUAAAUCACCGAUACCAAUACAAUAAAACGUAGUCUACCUAGCUGAACAUUGAUUGUUAGGAAAGUAAUAUUGAUAUUUUUAGCCUAUAACUUAAUUUCUAUGUCAGUAUGUAAAUAUUUGUGAAGUUUUUUUAGAAAUAAAAUUUGUAUAAUGAAAAUUUAUAA